AGGAUCGUGUCAUACUUCUACACAACAUGGCGGCCUCCUUGACUCUCCGAACUGCGGUUCUCCGCAGGGCUCUUCUCGGACCUUUGAACCUCCAUGGUCGGACAACGGGACCCGCUACCUCCUCUGCGGGGUUGCAGUCUUACUGUACUGUGGCACCAGGAGGAACAAACCCGGCGAUUAUAGAGUCCACGGAAGAGUACAGGUUCGUGGAGCGGCUCAUCCCUCCCUCACGAGUCCCUGCUCCGCCUCAACACUCUGGACCCACGCCGUCCGGGUGGAUCCCUCCUGCAGAGUCACCGCCGGCUCUGCCGUACAUGAUCCGCCGCUCACGCAUGCACAAUAUCCCGGUCUACACAGACCUGACCCACGGAAACCGAAAGAUGACGCUGGUCCGGAAGGUGGAGGGGGACAUCUGGGCCCUGGACAAGGACGUAAGGGAGUUCCUAAAGGGGGUGACCGGGAAGGAGCUGCCCACCCAGGUCAAUGAGGUUACCAUGACCCUGAAGGUCAAAGGUCACUACGAUGUGGAGCUGAAGCAGUGGCUGGCCCAGAAAGGGUUCUGAUUGGACCCAUGGAUCGUCCUCAGGAGGACAGGUAGAGGAUUGGACCAUCUUUAGGUCUCUCUGUGAAGAGGAAGAAAGAGGUCUGGACUGUCCUCAGGUCUCUGUGUACCCAGGUAGAGGACUGGAUGGCCUUCAGGUCUCUGUGUGGACAGGCAGAGGUGUGGACCGCCCACAGGUCCUGCAGAAUUUCAGACCUUACUGCAGCAGGAAAACUUUCUAACGGACUCUGAACUGUUUUUCAGACUUUGUUCAUAUUUAGAUGUAAAAAGUUAAAUAUUAAAUAUCGAAGCAGAA